AGCGCUCACGCGCCGUUGCUAUGUUGGUUUCUAUAGACGGAGCUACUUAUUAACACGGCGAGUCUCAAAAUGAAGUGUAUGUAGAAGCUUUACCAUAUACAACGUAAUUCAAAACUAUCGCAACCACAAAAUGGCAUCUGCAUACGAGUUUGAAGACACAUAUAAACUAAAGCCAGAUCCUCCAGUUGUUGGCAAAGUGAGUCAUCAUUCUGUUGAACUCUACUGGGAUCCAAGUGACAAGCUACAGAAAGUAUGUCACCCUGAUAAGAGACUAAGGUUUUCUGUUGAAGAAGAAGACCCUCAAACUCACAGAUACGGUAUUGUUUAUGUAGGGUAUGGAAAAUGUCAUGUUGUGGAAGGUCUUGAGCCAAACAGUGUUUACAAAUUUCGUCUGAAAGUUACUAGUUCAUCUGGAGAUUAUUCCUACAGUCCUGUUUUAUCUGUGUCAACCACAAGAGAACCACUUAAUGGGGAACAUCUUCAUCGUGCAGUUAACAGAAAUGAUGAAAAAGCAGUUGUUCAGAUACUACAGUCAGGGCAGGUCAAUGUGGAUGUUCCAAAUAAACUCGGUUAUACUCCUCUCAUGGUGGCUUCUCAACAAGGAUAUUUAAGAAUUGUGCAUGCGCUGAUAGACCAUGGAGCAGACGUGACAUUGAAGAAUGGCAGUGGGAAAGACAGUUUAAUGUUGGCCUGUUUUGCUGGUCACUUGGAUAUUAUAAAACAUCUCAGAAAAUAUGGAGUGUCAUGGAACACCACAGACUUUGGUGGUUCUACACCAAUGCACUGGGCUGCUGAUGGAGGUCACUGCAAAGUUGUGCAGUAUCUAAUCAGCGAUGGAUGCAAGGUGGAUGUAAAAGACAAUGGUUCAUUAUGGACACCAUUGAUGAGAGUUUCUGCUGUAAGUGGAAAUGUGGAUGCUGCGUCAUCAUUAAUUCAAGCUGGAGCUAAUGUAAAUGCUAAAGAUAAGGAUGGCAAGACACCUUUAAUGGUUGCUGUGUUGAAUAACCAUGAACCAUUAGUAAGACUUCUUUUGGCCAAAGGUGCAGAUCUUACUGUCACAAAUGAGUAUGGCAUAGGAAUACUACAAAUGGCAAAGGCUUUAGGCCGUCAGAAUAUUAUUCCCUUGUUAGAAUCAGCAAACAAAAAAAUCCGAAUCUGUAGGAAAGAUGAAAAUGACCUCAGGAUGAAGAUACCAAUUCCAUAUUAGAAUUGUUAUAUAUAGAAACUCUAGUUAAGUCCCAAGACUUGCUCUCCUACAUUCAGCAGCUGCUUAAUCUUCUCAAAUGAGAUGCCAGGAACCCCAAAUUUGAUGUUAAUUUUACUGCCUUAGGAAGAAAUUCAUGUUCUGUUAAAUGACUAUGCUCACUUGCACAUUCAGAUGCCGCAAUUUCUCUUCCAUUUUAACUAUAACUUGCAUCCCAGACCUAACUGACCUGUGAAGACCCACACAGAAUUCAUUAUGCUACCUUAUGUUUAUCUUGAAGAAUUUUUUUUUACUGUUUUUUGAAAAUUACAUUUAUGUUUUCUAGAGGCAUUUGCAUUGUUUCGAGUUCAAUAUUUUUUCUCAGCAUCUGGAAACAGCCCUAUUGUAAUUUAGUUCAUGUCUUCAGGGAGUCACGUUCAUGUCACUAAGUGCGGUAAAACUAAGAAACAGAUAUGUUUGUUUCCUUAUUUCUUUACUGGGUUCUUAAUUUUAGCUGAAGUAAAACACUGUUUUAGCUAUUUUGUUAAUUGUGUCAGACUUUAUAAUUAAAAUGCAAUAAUAUA